UUCCGGGUCCCGGUCCAGAUUUGUCAGCCUGUGCAUGGCGUGGUUGACAGAGAGCUGACGAUUCAGUCAGGGAACUCGGCUGGAAACGCUCGAACCAAGGCCACCAGAGAAGCCCCGCGGACAGAAGAGAGAAUCCGCGUGUCGCCAGGCCGUGUCCCCCGCUGUCUGCGCUCCACUCACUCCGGUCAUCGCCUCGGCGGUCCACGGCGCUACGUGAAAAAAAAUGGCGGAUCUUCCCCAAGAGAAGAGUCUGGACGACUUCUUUGCCAAGCGGGACAAAAAGAAGAAGAAAGAAAAGGGCAAGGGUUCGAAAGAGUCCGCCGUCGCCCCGACAGGCCCCGCGGCUGCCGCGGUGAAGAAGCCCAAGAAGGAGAAGGAGAAGUCGGCCAAGAGCGACAGCCAGGACGCCCAGCUGGAGAAGGAUGAGGAGUGGAAGGACUUUGAGCAGAAGGAGGUGGACUACAGUGGCCUUCGUCUCCAGGCUCUGCAGAUCAGUGAUGAGAAGGAGGAGGAAGAGUAUGAGAAGGAAGAGGUGGGGGAGGAUGGGGAGAUCAUCCUGGUCAGUGGGGACAAGGUGUCGGGUCCCUGGAACAAGUCCGGUGGCAGCGCUCCGCCCUCUGCUGCCCCUGUUGAGGAAGUCGAGGUUCCUGAGGUGAAGCCCGCCGGCGUGUACCGCCCUCCGGGGGCCCGGCUGACCACAGCCAAGCGGCAGAAUCAGGGGCCGCCAGAGAUCUUCAGCGACGCACAGUUCCCCUCCCUGCUGUCCACCGCCAAGCACGUAGAGACACGGAAGGACCGAGAGAUGGAGAAGACCUUCGAGGUGGUGAAACACAAGACCCGCGGCCGUGAGGAAAACAGCGGCGCAUCGAUGCAGCACCUGCAGCUGGACAACCAGUUCGCCAUCCUCGGGGACAAGUAAGAGCGACUGCCCGCCGGCCCCUCAGGCCCGGUCCUUCCAGCCACGGUGAGGGAAGCUGGACUCCUGCUGAGCCUCUGUUAGCGCACACACACACACACGCACACACACACACACACACACACGCUCACUUUAGAUGGUUCAGAACUGGGGUCGGCAGCAGGGAAGGACGGCACCUGGGGGCACUGUGGACGAGGACGUGGCGACAUGAACUCAAACUCGGCAGCGACGCCUGGUUCUCCUCUGGAUCAUCAAACCACCAAACCACUUUUGUUGCUGCGACUCCGAGCCUCCGAGUACUGAAGCCACGAAACACGACUUGAUUUUCUGCAACAACGCAGAGGCCUGAUCGCACCCGCGUUUGAGGUGUUUUGACUUCUGAGUUGUGGCUUCAGGAGCAGAGAGACAUGGACCUGGAGUGACCUCCAACCCUGCCCCGCCGGGCCUCUGCUGACAAACUGAUGUUUUCCUUCAUAGUGAUGAUGAUGAUGAUGGUGGACAGGCUGUGAUCCUCGGUUCGAAUCCUAAAGUGGCCUUACUGAUGGAACGCGCUUUGUCAUCUGAAGAGAACUCUAGUGGUCUUUCAGGGCUGCUUCUGGGUCUCACAACAAACUUCUGUCAGGAAUGUAGUGCCGUUGCCGUCGACUAACCCUCUCCAGUGUGCUGACCUCCACUCUCCCCCAGAGGAUGAUGCCGUUCAAUACAACUAUGGUUUGACAGUUUGAACUCAGCGUCGCUCGCUGGACAGUAGCAGAAACGCUGUGGACAGAGCCGCCGAGAGGAGCGAAGGAGAUCCGUCUGGGUCGAACCCUCGCCGCGAUGCAACCUGGAUGUUUGUCAUGAACAGAGAAGAGCCUAACGAUAAAUAAAGUGAUCUUUGUCAACCACCGC